AUGCGUGUGUGGUUUGGGCUGUUGGCCGACGCUUUGAUUGAGGUGCUGCAAAACAACGCAGAGCUGUCCUUGGCCUCCCUCGCUGUGCCACGCGAUGCCACGGUGGGUGCGACGGCACGGUUGAAGCUGGAGGUGUCGCUGCCUCCAUCGAGCCUUUGUGCGUCGGCGGCCACGCUUGCCGCGCUGCCUUUACCCAGCGGUGACGACCUUGGCCUGGUGGUAGCCCGGAAGCUGGAACUUCGAUGGCCCGGCCAUCCGGAGAAGCCGCGCUUCGCGAUCUUCAAGAACCUGACCAUCGUUCUGGAAGCCGGGUUCGGAACUGGACGGGCUCGCCUGGAAGUCUCCGGACAGGAGAUCUUGGAGGUUGUCGAAGCUCGGCAAAUCUGUGGUGAUGUGCCCGAUGGGCAUCCGUGCGUUCCAGCACUCUGGAUCGGCUCGCCCUGCAAUGUCACCAAAGCUGCCGUCCAACGAUGGUUUUUAAAGCCGCUCGCACAAGGCACGGCUUCCCUGCGACUCUGGGACCCCGACCUCUUGGGAUCCCGGCCCCAGCGCCUGGAGAUGGCGAUUCGCGCAGCCAAGCAGCUCGAUGUGGGACUCCUCGGGGAGGAUGCAUCUGACGGAGCAGUCCUGGUCGUGCGUGGGGUGCUCCGGCAGCUGCGAGUGGACAUCCGAGAUGCAGAGGGCGAGGCUCUUGGAAUGGUCAAUUGGGCUGCGCUGAAUCUGAAACUGAGGAGCAGUUACCCAGGAGCCUUCGAGGUCCGAGAGAGCACCACGGCCGCGAGAUGCGGACACUACGAGUGCAUCUGCCACACUCCUGGCAUCUAUCGCCUCUCAGCGGAGAUGCAGGAUUAUCCAGGUGGCACCAUCUACUCGCGAGUCUUGCACGUGCACUGCCUCCCAGAGUUCGAUGUCGUCUUCAAAAACAUUGUCGUGAUGCCAGGGCAGGCUUUCGAGCUCGCCUUCACUGGAGGCCCUCCUCGGAGCGACGACCGGACCUUUUUCCGCUUCACGUCGAGCGCACCGGACAUUGCCAGCAUCGACGAAGGCGUCGGCCUGGUAAUCGCUCUGAGCCCUGGCUCGGCGGAUCUCUCGGUGCAGCUUUUGGAGCGAGAGACGCGUCGCGAGAUUGCACGGGCAGGAGCGCAUGUGACUGUGGGCAUUCCGUGGAAUGCUUCAAUUGGCGCUUUGGAUAGCUUAGCAGGACAGGCUGAUGGAUCGGACAAGGGACUGGUCUUGCGGUGGGGCGGGCCCGAGGCCUUAAGGCUUCGGGCCCGACUAUGGUCAGGAGAGCUGGAGUUGACGCCGCUGUUGCUUGGGAUGGCCAGCGCUCAGGCAUCUCCCUCCUUCAGCGCCGAGAGCAGCCGGAAAGUGUACAAGAGGGCACUUGACAUGGGCCAUCCUGUGGUGGAGGCUGUGGAGGCUGCCGCUGUGGUGGCACAGCGCACGGCCGUGGACGAAGGCCUGGGCCUCGCACCGGACACCGCCGGCGCUGGGGCCGCGUUUGGGGUUCGCUGCCGCUUUCGCUGGAGCUCGGACAGCUCCGUGGUGCUGGAGCCCGUCGGCUUUGGGGCGCUGGCCGUUGAUGUCCGCAUGGCACCAGCUUCUGUGACUACGGCCGGAGAGGAGGUGGAGGUGGCGGUGCAGAUUGACUGCCCUCUGGGUUCAGGGUACGAGCAGCUGCACCUGCAGGCGAAGCGCAUGCUGCCUGUGGUGCAGCCGUUGCAGCUCUUGACUCCUAUCACAGGUGUGUGUGCCGCUGCCGUGGAUGCUUCUUCCCUGCUGGUGCCUUCGCAUGCACGGCUUCCAUUGGCAUUCAACCUCCCACGGUCCCAUCUCCAGGUGGACGUCGUCGGGCGGAGCAUCCAGUUGCUAGAAACGGGAGACCUAGUUGAGCUUGAGACCGGAUCGGAACUGGGAGACUCGAGCCUUCGAGUUCAGGCCAUUGACUCGCAGCUUGUUCCCGCAAUGCAAAUCUCAGUCUUCGUGCGCAAGGCGUUUGCCGCAAGAAUCGACUCUGUGCCGUCCAGGCUGCCGCUUGGAUCCAGUGCCUUGUGCCCGCUUUAUCUCGUCGAUGCUAAUGGGCAGACUAUGGCACUUCCCAGCAAUUUCCAGGUGGACGUUUUCUCCAGUCAUUCAGCAUUGAUGGCAGAGGUUCAUCGCUCUUCGAAAGGGACGUCUUUGUACCUGCGACCAUUGAGCGAGGGAUGCGCACUCCUCAGCGCGGCGGUCCGGAUGCCGGACGGGAGGCGGUUGCCUUCGGAUGUGGCGGAAAUCUGUGUGGUUCGAGGGGCGCUGGUUGGCCAAGGGCAGCUUCUACUACAGCCUGGCUCACGGCUGAACUUAGAUGCAGAAGAGCUCUUCUCAGGCAAAGCGAGCGCCGGUCGACCGCCUUUGGCUUUCUCUCUGCGACUUGCCCAGCUCGGAUACAGGUCCCUUGAGGAGACUGCUGAGAGCCUCGCAGCCGAGGUUGCGGCGGUCUUGUCAGGCGGCCUUUCGAGCCCUGGCCAUGGAGCGUUGCAGGUUCGAAUGGUCCGGGCGCGAUGGUCGGUGAAGCAGGAACAAGGAGAACUACUACUUGGAGCAGAAGUCGAUCUGCAGGUCUCUGCUCGUGAACUUGCUGAGGUGGCCGGACGCAGCGCAGAGCUUGGCUUGAGGGACCUUGCAGAGGUCCUGUGGACCUACCAGGACGUUCAACCGAACGAGUCGUUGCGGCUGUUGGACUUUGGUUGGGGCGUCCGCGCCAUUGCUGAGGAGCCAGCAAGCUCAUCGCGUUGCGGUGGCUGUUGCGUCAUGUCGCACUGCCGCGGCUGUUGCGGAGAGGACUCGACCUGCGGCGACCUGUCCACGCUGGAUGCGACAGCAGGGUGGCACUCUCUUCAGCCGCGCAUUGUCAAAGUAGAGGGACCCAGAGUCACGGCGCUGGCGCUGGAGCGAGGAGUUGCGACGAUCCGAUACUGCGACGGCAUUGUCACGGCCGACAUCCAGGUCACAGUUGCCCAUGCUAGGCAGCUCAUGGUGCGCUCCGCUCCGGAGGGCGGGCCAUCGCCAGCGUUGGUUGCAAGGAAGAUUUUCUCAAAUGAGGCAAACUCAGCGCCGAUGCAAGCCAAGUUCCGUGCGUUUCGCGAGGGUAGUUUGGAAGCGGAAGAGUUCUUGUCCGACCCAUUCCUGAUGCAGAACUUCCACCUCCAGUGCAACCCGACCGAGGCAGCAAUGCUGGAGUUCUUCAACUUCCAGGCCAGUGGGGAUGCCUGCGUGCUGACAGCCAGGGAGCCUUCUGUGACAGCCUUGCAGAGGCUGUCUCCAAGUCGCCUCGGCCUUGAAGCCUCUCUACCCGGUAGUGUUGGCGGAGGUAUUGUUCUCGAGUGGCCCUUCGCACCACAGUUCCGGAUCGUCCAGGAGAGCCAACUGCUCGCAAGCGGAGAGGUGUGUGCGACUUUGAGAACUUCCCAGCCAGAAGCCACAGUCGUCGUGUGGACCGGAGGCCAUUCGAUCCAGGCAGACCUGGCCCAGAUCCAUAGCUCGCAGGGAAACGUCUCUGUGGAGGUCCGUCCAUCUCACAAGGGGCCAUUCGUAGACUUGCGUCUCGUGUGGCACGCUGCCGUCGAGUCAGGAGUCUCCGAGGAGGCUGGGCAGAUCUAG